AAAGAGGGGGAAGCGGUGAAUUUGUGCAUAGUUUUAAAUUUGUGUGUGGGACGUGCACAGUUACCUUAAAGGACGGUAUCAGAAGUGUUUACAGCUGAGUCUGACCCCAAGUCCUAAACACUGAAGAUGAACAGAACAUUAGUUGGGGUAUUUGCCCUGGUGGCUUGCUUUACAGCUGUGCACGCACUGCAGUGUUACGAAUGUGACUUUGGAGUUUUUGGUUUGUGCUCAACCUCCAAAAUAAACUGUACAACAGGACAGAGUUGUUACAAUUCCACUGGAUCCCCAAGCGCAGUUACCGGCCUGAAAAUCACUGCAAAAGGCUGUCGUAAUAAUACGCUGUGCGCGUCAACAAACAUCACCACUAACAGUUUUCUGUUUAACAUUAACUACACUAUCUCCUAUGCCUGCUGUAGUGGAGAGCUAUGCAAUGGUGGAACAACUCUGGCCUUCUCCAUGCUAACAGCCAUUGUAAUGGCUACUGUUUGGUUUGGACUCUUGUAAUAUCUUCCUUUCAGUGAAAUCCUGUAACGUUUACUAUGCACUUUGCCUUUGGAAACAACUAAUGGUUUUUAAUUUUCUCAGACUGCAGCUGUUCAAACAUAGCUUUUAUUAAAUUCAUAAUUUUUGCAUUUUUACAAACCUGGGCAUAGUAGUCAGAAUUCUUGCAUUAGAGCCCACCGAUAACCUAGACGUGCAGGUGCUGAUCCAGAAGACCUUGGCCACUGUGUGGCUAUUUCCUAAGUUAGAUUUGCGUGUCUUUCUAUUGCUGACCUGUCUUUUGGUCAGAUGAAAGCAGUUUCACUAAACUCAUGACUAGUGACAAUGAGUGGUUUAGUAAUGCUUUUUGAAAUUCAUCUUGGCACAAUCGGGUUUCCACUUUCUUGACAAUGGGUGAGGUGCAUGAAGGGGAUAUGUUGGGUUUUUUUAAUUUUAUAACUUGAUCACUUGUAUAAUUUUUAGUUAUUGGGCAACUUGUAAAAAGAAGGUAUAAGAUGUUCAAAUAAAAUUUUUGUUGAAGUGUGAA